ACGCAUCCCCAAAACCCUCGAAAUCCAACUAAACCCGCACCUCCGCCAUGGGCGCAUCGAAGGACGAAACCAAUGCGGCGGCGACCAAGGCCCAGGGCAAGCCGUGGGACGAUGACCCCGACAUCGGCCGCUGGAAGAUGGAGAAGUUCGACCCCUCCUGGAACAAGGGCGGCAUGCUGGAAGUCAGCUCCUUCUCCACCCGUUUCCCCCGAUACGAAGAGAAGUAUCUGCAGGAGGCGUGGCCGACCGUGCAGGGCGCGCUGAGGGACUUUGGGGUCACCUGCGAGCUCAAUCUGGUGAAGGAAUGCAUAACUGUUUCGACCACCAGAAAGACAAGGGACCCCUACAUUAUCAUCAAGGCCAGGGACCUGAUAGUACUCUUGGCACGGGGUGUUCCUGCACCUCAGGCCAUUAAAAUACUCGACGAUGAGAUGACCUGUGAUAUUAUCAAGAUCCGUAACAUCAUACGGAACAACGAAACAACGCAUCUACAGGAAAGAUUUGUUAGAAGGAGACGACGCAUUUUAGGUCCAAAUCUAUCUACCCGUAAGGCCAUAGAGAUUCUGACUGGCUGCUACAUCUUAGUUCAGGGAGGCACUGUUGCUGCCAUGGGUCCCUCCAAUGGAAGGGGACUGAAACAAGUCCGAAGGAUCGUGGAGGAUUGCAUGAAGAACAUAAAGCAUCCAAUGUACCACAUUAAGGAUCUCCUAAUUAAACGCGAGCAAGCUAAAAAUGCUACCGUAGCCAAUGAAAGCUGGGAUAGGUUUCCCCCGAACUGUGCAAAGACGAAUGCCAAGCAAAAGAAACCAUACGCCGCACCCUCUCUGCCUCCUCAAACACCUAGCAAGAUUGAUCUCGAGCUGGAGAGUGAAGAGUAUUUCCUCAGUGAUGAAAACAAGUCAGCAAAGGAAAGGCAAGAGAAGCUGGGCAAGCAAUCAGAGAAAGUGCAUGGAAACAAAAGAAAGAGAGAAGCUGCACUUGUUCCUCCAAAGGAGAACACUGCAGGGCCAUCUGAUUCUGCCAUCUCUACCAACAAUGGCAAUGUCGAGAAUCCUGAAAUGGGAAUGGCUUUACAGAAGAAGACGAAGGGAUUCAGCAACGGUGAAGCACAGGAAUCGUGCCCCAGAAAGCACUAGUACAAUUUUGACAAGUCCAAGUAACCACCACAUGGAAUGCACACCGUCAGUGCCUUGCUGAUAGGAGUACAAUCUUCUUUCUUGAGUUAGUCAAAACUUGCCACCGUGGCAAGGUCAUACUGUUCUUUCGAGAAAUACUAGGUAGAGAUGAAUCAAACUUCAAACCUUUUUGUCCGCAGUUUUUGGUCAGAUCGCGGCAUCAACA